UAACUAGGGCUCAAGGUCAAAUAUUUCGGUUCCCACACAAUCAAUGGAAACGACAGUCAGUUUCGCUUCUGUAUGGUUAGUUAUUCUGUGGUUAUUACAACGUAAACAAUUGUAUGUUCAGUGUUCCCAGACCUACUGAAAAAUCAGUAGACCUACUGAUCUCGAUCCUCGUCUACUGAUCUACUGAUGGCAACCUUAAACCUACUGAAAUACUAAUUUUUUUACCAAGAGGAGUAAACUAAGAAGACAGAUUCACACCCAAGAAAAGUCACCAAAUUCAUCUUCUUUUUUCGUUGAUUAUGUCGGCUUUACGGUAAUUCAGUAAUCACGAUCGGAGAACCUCACACGUCGAUUGUCACAAGUAUGCAUGCCAAGAAAGAGAGUAAAUAAUAAGAAGAACACGUCGAUUCUAACCUCACUCUCACUAUGUUUGUUGUUGGUUUGUUUGAAUAAUUUUUUCCAAUUUACUUCCAAUAUAAGGAAAUCGCCCAGAAAGUAUACCAAAGCCAUGUGAUAAAAUUAUAUCAAAUUAAAUGGAAUUUUACAAUAUUGAAUUUCAUCAGCUGCAAUAACUUAAACAACAAAGAUUUUAUGCUACUUUAUAGGAAUAUAACCAGUUUUUAUGAAGUUGUCCAUUUCAAAUUACAGCUCUUUCAUGUUCUAGAAGCGAGAUUAUGAAUGUUGUUGUUGGUGAACAACAAGGUCAAGUUAUGUUAGCUUAAUAUUUGAUGUAAGUGCAUUAAGAGGUAUCAUGAGAAAGAGUGAAAUUCCAGGAUUAUUAAUUGGCAAUAGUAGAUAUGCAUGCAGACACUAUCUAUUUACUUCAGUAUUACAGCCAGGUGCCAUCUGUGAGAGUCCACAACUCAAGUGCGUACAACGGUACAGGAAAGAUAUAACAUCAUAGUAACCUGAUUUUUAUGGGUAUCAACAAAUCAUGACAUUUGAAUAACUUAGCCAUUGCUUGAAAUGCAGAUCUUGCUUUCUCUAUCCUACAUUAAUUUGAUUUCUAUGGAAUGAUCCCAAUCUUCAUUGACGUUCGUGCCAAGGUAAUGAUCAAGAAAAUAGAUACAAUAGUGCACAUGUAAGAACAAGAAAUGUUGCCGAAAAGCUAUUUGGAACCUGGAAAAAACAGUUUCCAUGUCUUCAAAAGGUCUACAAACCGAAUUAAAUACAUAUCUUGCAAUAUGUGCUACAACAGUACAUUAUAAGUUAUAAUCUGGGUGCAAGGGAAAAUCAUGAUGGUGAUGAUGAUUUUGUAGAAAAUCUUGAUUUGUCGAGAGAAAAAAUUUUCCAUGCUCUAAGGCUGAAUCUAACGAAUUCUAGCGAUUUUUGAGGCGACUUGAUACUACUGAAAUCUACUGAUCUUUCGAAGCGACACCUACUGAUCAUCAAAAAAGUCAUCUGGGGACUGGGAACACUGGAUGACACUAUGCAUUUUUUUGACAUAUCAGAAAAUAUAUAAGAUCAAUCAAUUUAUAAGAACAUUUCAGAUUGAAAUAUAAAAUAGCUAUUUGAUAACCACAAUGAAUUUAACAAAGGGAAUAUGGAAAAAUCCAGGAUUUGAAGAGGAUUCGAACUGGCGAAGUACCUAAGAGGUGGAGGCAAAGAAACAAAAAGAAGAAGAUUAAUUGUUUUGUCAUUCUUAUGUCAAGUUUUUUGUUUAUGUUUAUUUUAUGUCGUUUAUGUGAAUAAAAUUGUAAACCUGUAACAACCCAGAGAUUUUUAUUGUAUUUUUGUUAGACUGAAAUCUGAUAGAAAUGUCAUUGCUGAGGGCUUUUAAAGAAGCUGCAAAGAGAAGGGAGGCUCUUAACAAGAAACUUAAAGAAACGGGCAAAGUUUAUAAAGUUCCUGUUCCUGUUGGAUGGAAAAGCGCUCUAGGCGGAACCGAAGAUGAUCGGAGGCUUGGAUUACAUCAUAUUUACCAGGGAAUUCAUGUAGAUAAAAAUGAUUGCCCCGACUACCUCGCGGCCAGAGACAUUGUCUUGAGUGUUUUUAUAUCCAGAGGAUUCACUGAGUUGGAGCCGGAGCAACAGGCUGCCAGAGUCCUCGUGGAGCUUUUUUGUGAUACCCUCUAUUGCCGAGCGCGAGGAUUAGCAUGGAACGACGCAUCGAUACCACGUUCCAUCCAAAUGGGAUUUGUCUCCCUCGCAAAGCAUUCUAAACUAAAAUCGUUAACUGAAGAUGAGUGGGCUAAAAUUAUUGAUGAUGUUCCAGCCGUCCCUGCGGUCACCCCCAAGUCCCUUGUGGAUGCCUUUAAGUCCUUAGGAGCUCUCGAUAAGGAUACUGUCAAUAUUCAUAAUCCUUCUCCAGAAUCAAAGCAAGGGUCCUGGGUCCACAUUUGUGUGUAUGGGGCCUCUUGUUACUUAAUGAAACAUGCUUUCUUUAAGCUCGAGUUUGAAUACGCUCUCCUGAUUCUCUUCAGUGCAGUCAGCAAAACUGGAAGACCCAAGGAACAAUUCAUCAAGAAAAAGAAUAGAUUCUUCUUUGGCCUGGGAUAUAUUCCAAUCUUUCUGGAGGAAAUGACAAGCAUUACGGUGCAAACAUUAUGGGCCCAUAUUAAGCGAAUGCUCGAUUCCAAUACCCUGACCACAGUUCUACUCAUGAAAAGUUUGAAGGAACUAUCCGAGUCCACGACGAAUCAAGCCGUAUUUCCAUUAUUUACCCAAAUUACCUACAGAAACUUAUCAUACAUAGAGAAAAUCACUGAGGCAAUGUCCAACCAUCGGUCUUUUCCUUGGGGAUACCUUAUAAAGAAACAACCCAUACUGUCAUGGGAAUACGAGAGAUUCAUCUCAAUCCUUCCUUUAGUUAAACAGAAUCCUUACAGAGUAUUGCAGUUAAGCGGAUUCGGGCAGAAGUUGAAAAUUCUAACCUUUAUAUCAACUCAGCUCCUAAUCAAACAUGGUAAUAGCACUCUGCAGAAAUACAAGGGUGUAGGACCUCUGGAUGUAAGAGUCAUAAUUGGGCCUUACCUGCUUAAAUUUAUCGAUGCGUAUAAGAGAGAUACUCAAAAAUCCAAGCUGUAUGGGAAUGAAUUUGAUGUCUUUGAACGGAUCUCUCACUUCAUUAAACGAGCCACUGAAGAGGAAGUUGAUGAUCAAGCACGUACCGGAAGAUCCAGCUCCCUGUCACUGACCACAGGAGCAGGGACUGAGCGGUCAGUGGUUAAACGGAGAAGAGAUCCAUCUCCAAAAGAGUCUCACAGUAAGAGACGUCAGUUGAGACCUGCAACAAGAUAACUUCGUCCAUCAACCAGGGAACCAUCUCCAUGACUGAACCGACUGCCAUGUCCGGUGACGAAAUGGAGACCCCUCAUGAAGCCUUAUUCAUUCCACCUCCCAGAGCUGCUUCUUACGUGAUACCUGGACUGAAUUUGUUCCUUUCUGCUGAAGCAGGUUAUCUAAUAAAGAUCACUCUAGACUCAACACAGAUCAUCUACAUUCCCCCAAUCUCAGUUGGAGAAGUUGGUCCCACUAGUACCAUCCAUGAGUGUUUGAUGACUACAAAAUACAUAAUAUAACAGCACGACAUAGUUAAUUAAAUUUCUAAAUAA